AUGUCCGCAGAUGUCACUCAGAUGGAGGACCUACAACAACAGACACCUGAGAGCACGCAGAGUCCUAUCUUCGAGCCACAAUGCCCAGCUCAAUCCGUACCCGUCGCUACAAUGCUUCCACUCUCCUCCUCAAGCACUACGAAUAAUCCUACCCUAGACGCUCACAUCAUUUCACCACACAUGCAGAGGCUUCGAGACAUCGAAGCUGAUGCCAAUCGUGCUAUCCUUAGCUGGGGUUCCGGCGGUGCAGAAUCAGCUGUACCUGCAAAGCGAAAGAUCUCCGACACAUUCUCUGACAGCGACGAUGAAGACAGCGACGACGAGAAAGACCCUUCGCAAGUCCCUCCGUACGACCCAGCUCAACAGCGUCGUCCAAAGCUACCGAUGUACCACCCCGGCUUCAAACAAGCUGAGGAAGAUACUCAAGCUGUAUUGCAGGUCUUCCUAGACUUUCUAAAAGCUGCCAAGAACCGUGGAGUCUCUGGUGAAGAGGCUACGUACCUCUGGAAUGAGAUUCUGAAGAAUCGUAAUAUCCUGUACCAAAAGGAAAUCCGGAUUGCUGUGACUGGAGACACUGGCACCGGAAAGUCCGCUACAACAAAUGCUCUUCUUGGUGAAGACCUGACACCAGAGGGCGACAAUGGGGCAGCAUGUACAAAUGUCGUUACAGAGUUCCGGCAGAAGACUCUGUCUACCAAUAUCGGCGCAGUGCAAGCCGAAGUUCAAUUCUAUUGCCUCCAGUAUUGCAUUGACCUAGUAACGGACUGGGUCAAGGUGUGGCUUACCACGAGACAGAGGCUUAUAGAAGACGAGGACAGUGUCGCCGACGAAGACCGAGCGCGCAAAGAUGCUGCAUUGGAGUGCUUGGAGCACCUGUUCGCUUCCCGCGUCGCUCCAGAGUCUGUUGAGGACUUUAUGUCUUCCAGUAAAGCUCUAAAAGGCAACUUAGUGUUGGAGAAAUUCCUGCAGUGGACGGUUGACAUACACAGCAUGUUUGUGCCAGAUGGAGAGCUGUCCGUCCCCUUCGAAUCUAGUACGCACAAUGAUAUGCGUGAGCAACUUCGACCCUUUCGAAUGCGAGCUCCCAAUGCACGCUACAAAGGGAAGGUGCUACAGUUCAGUCCAUGGCCGUUCGUCGAGAUCAUACGAUACUAUGUCGAUAGUCCGUUGGUACAGGAUAGUAUCUGCUUGGCCGAUGUUCCUGGCACGAAAGAUAUCAACAUGUACCGCGUCACUGCUGCCACCGCAUACCUCCAGCAAUGUGAAAUGACUAUCGUAGUUGUGGACAUCAAGCGUGCGACAAGCGAUCAGUCUUUCCGCCAGCAUUAUCUUGAUGCGCAUAGCAGGCGGCACCAUGGCAGUGUCAUCCUGUUAGCGACUAGAGCUGAUGAACUGAAUGACGAUGGCGGCAGUACGCUUCAGUUAGAUCCUGUCGCAGAGGAAAACAUUGCACCUAUCGAGGAGAAGCUCGCAGAUCUUACCAGCGAGUUGAAAGCUAUCGAAGACGAGAUUGAGGCCAACAAGCAUCAUAUGAAACGACUGAAGUCCAGUGUUCAACUUGGAAGCGCCACUGUAGAGCAACGCAGCCAGCAUGACGCCCUCAAAGCAGCAAAUAAGGUUUUGGCUAGUCGCAAGAAGACUACAAUGCCACUCGUCGCUUCCCUGGAGAAAGAGCUUGUAGCCGCGGGCAUGAGUCGCAUGUACAGUCACAACACUGGCGAUGAUGCGGGCGCUGCGUCGUUCUGCGUCUCCAAUCGAAUGUAUAUGCGGCAUCGACGUGGCUACAACAUGACCAACCUAAAGAAGGCUCCCACGAUGAAGCUCGAAGACACUCAAAUUCCAGGUGCAUGCAGAUAUAUCGCGGGAAUACCUUCACAAGGACGCCUCGCCGUUCUAGAGCAUUUUGUGCUCUUCAAGGUGCCAAUGUUGUUGAGCAUUGUCCAGAUGAGCUGCAGUAAGAGCACUGAAGCCAGGAUAGAACACAUUACCAAGAUCAUCGAUAAGACCAUAAAGGGCACCGAAGGACGGGUUCGUGGUGUCAUGAAUAAAUGGGUCAAGGCGUUUUCCAAUGAACUUACAAGCGCACUCUCAAGCCAUGAACUGCAAGAUAGGUUCGACCGAAACGCCGAGAAGAAGCUCGAAGAACUCGCCACUAUAAAUGCGGCCUCGCAUAAGGCAUUGGUGAAUAAGAGAGGCACAUACCAACAGAAGAAGUUGAAGAUCAAUCACAAUCUGAAUGCUUCGCUGUUGGCACCUGCGAAAACCGCGAUGGAUGCCGCGUUCCGAAACGUGCUCGAUGCCGCACCUGCAGCGCUGAAGGCCCAAAUGGCACAGACAAUCAAGACCGUUAUUAACGACUUGAACAAGCAACUGAAAGACGACCCCCAGGCUUUGGCUGGUGACGCUUAUCAGCUGUGCUUCGGCAAGAAUCGUGUCGGCUAUGAGGAGGAGGACACUCUCAAGGUCGAAAACGCAAGGAAAGAACUUCACCAAGGACUGAUCGCUAUAAAAGAAAAGGCCGUCAAGCCUGGAGACAAAGGCCAUUUCUUCAAAGCAAUGGAUGAGAUCUACGGGGCGGCUCUUGAUGAGAGGCCGGGCAAAGGCAAAAAGCUGAAAGACGUCCGCCACGCUUAUCUUGAAGAGAAUGUCGUUGGUCUUGAUGGCCCUUUCGCUGCGAUCGCCGAAGGAGUUGAAGGGGAUGUAAAGAAACUCAUCAAAAACACCUGCGAUAAGUUGCGCAAGGAAGUGGUCGAGAUGCUUAAGACAAUUCGCGCCGCUUUCCAGCGUCAGAAGAACAGGAAAGAACAGGACACUCCCGAAGGCCAGCAGUUCCGCAAGGAGCUGCAUGAACUGGUUGACGAGGCGCGGAGGAUCCUUGAGGGAGUUGUGACCAAGAGUCUGGAGAAGUGUAAAGAGAACAAGUGA